AUGAAGUUCCUAAAGAAAGUCGAUGGCCCCAGUAGGGCAGGAUCUGAUGCUAAUGUGCCUCAGGAUUCCAUUGCUAAUCGAAUUUCCAAGGAAAAUGAUCGCCUCCCUGAAGGACCAGAUAAUGGUUCUGCUUCAUUGGGUCAUGCUGUUAACAAUGUGACAGAUGGUGAAGAGCUGGAAAUGGGCUCUCCUGGAGGUACAGUUUCUUCGUGCAAUGUUCCCACUUUGGCAUUUCCAUCUAUCUCAACAGCGGAUUUCCAGUUCAACAUUGAGAAAGCAUCUGAUAUUAUUGUCGAGAAAGUUGAGGAAUUUGUGAAAAAGCUUGGAGAUGCUAGGCUUGUUUUGGUAGACUUGUCUCAUAAAUCAAAGAUAUUGGCUUUGGUUAGGAUCAAAGCCACUCAAAAGAACAUUGACUCCAGUAAGUUCCACACAUUUGUUGGAGAUAUAACUCGACUUAGUUCAGAAGGAGGUUUACGCUGCAACGUAAUUGCUAAUGCUGCCAACUGGCGACUGAAACCAGGAGGUGGAGGCGUGAAUGCUUCUAUAUUUAGUGCUGCAGGUGCCGCCCUAGAGACUGCAACAAAAGAGCGUGCUGUAUCUCUUACCCCCGGGAAAGCUGUAAUCGUCCCUCUUCCUUCAACUUCUCCGUUAUUUAGUAGGGAAGGAGUUACCCAUGUCAUACAUGUCCUUGGACCAAAUAUGAAUCCGCAGAGACCAAAUUGUCUCAACAAUGACUAUAUUAAAGGCUGUGAAAUUCUUCGUGAGGCUUACUCAUCAAUCUUUGAAAGUUUUGCAUCUAUAGUGAGGACCCCCAAAAAUUUGUCCAUGGAAAGCUAUGAAAAACAAGUGUCAGGUUUGUCAGAUUCUCAGAAUCACUUUGAGAUUAGUCCUAUGGAUCAAUUUUUAAAUAGUGAACUGAAAUUCAAGAGAGAGGGUGUCCAUGAAUCUGGGGGAAACAAAAAGUGGAAGCCACUUCAGGAUGAACUUGGAUCUAAUUCAAGAAAUUCAAAAAAUAGAGAGAACAAUCCAAACAGUGAAAAGAAUGGUGGAAGCAUGACCAAGUCAUGGGGAUUCUGGGCUCAAGCUCUUUACCGCAUUGCCAUGUUUCCUGAGAGGCAUAAGAAUGAUGUAAUAGAAAUAUCAGAUGAUGUUGUGGUACUGAAUGAUCUUUAUCCAAAGGCACAAAAGCACCUUGUGGUGAUGGCACGAGCUGAAGAUCUUGAUUGUCUUGCAGAUGUACGUGAAGAACACCUCCAGUUGUUGAGGACGAUGAAUACCAUGGGCUUGAAGUGGGCUGAGAAGUUCCUAAGUGAACAUGAAACAUUGGUCUUUCGCCUUGGCUACCAUACAGCACCUUCAAUGCGACAACUGCACCUGCAUGUUAUCAGCCAGGAUUUUGAUUCAGUACAUCUGAAGAAUAAAAGACACUGGAACUCAUUUAAUUCACCAUUCUUCCGGGAUUCAAUAGACGUAAUAGAGGAAGUCGUUAAACAUGGGAAAGCCACAUUGAAAGAUGAUGACAGAUUCCUGUCAAUGGAGUUGCGAUGCCACCGAUGUAGAAGUGCACAUCCAAAUAUACCUCGCCUCAAAACACAUAUAAGCAAGUGUCGAGCCCCUUUUCCUGCUGUUCUACUCCAACCUGGUCAUUUAGUGUGUGCACGAACUAGUGAUGGACUUGUUCAGUAGGAGUGUCCAGGCUAUCCUCCAUCAAAAUUUUGCCUUCUUGUUUAUAACAGUCUCUCUGUUUGUGCCCGAGCGUGGGCAUGUAUUCCAUCUUCACGAGGCUCUUAGGGCCUGUUUGGUAUGUUUUUGGGAGGGAUUUGGAUUGACUUGUCUAAACUCGGGUUUGACCAAAGAUGGAAUUCAAGGAAGGGAUUCAAUAUUUCAUGUUGUCCAUAUCCAUGUUUGGUAUGUGCAGGAAUAUAUGAUUGUUAUGAUAAUAUAUUUGUAUUUAAAUGAUUAUUGUGCCCUUUAACUAAUUUAAUU